UGGAAAAAACCCUCAGCUGAAACAGGUGAGGGCAAGAGCUCCCCGACCUGCCGCCGGGGCGGGGAGUCUGCGAGAAGCCUGCUUCCGUUCUGGGAGCCCAGAUUGAGGCUCAUUGGUUCACGUAGAUGAGUGACAGGCCCCGAGCCAAUGGAAGGUUAAGCUCGCCGAGGCUCCCGUCUAGUAGGCUGCUUCCUGUCGGGCAUCGGUCCCGCGCGUGUGGGUGAGCUGCCGCCGUCCCGGAGUGAGGGGAAGGACGGGGAGCACGUGUCUCCGCAGUGGCUCCUCGCCAGCCCUUCGACUUGGAUUCUGACCCGAGUUCCGCGGCCCCGCGCGUGGCUGCGUAGGGCGGGGCCGUCCGACCCGACCUCUGCCUCGGGCCCGCGCCCACCGGAGGUUACCUCGUUCACACCGAGGGCGCAGCGGCCCAGCGCAAGCCCCGGGGCCGGCUUGACGGAACUCGAGCUGGACAGACCGCAGCGCUGACCGCGGCCGGCGAGGUGAGCGCCGCCCCGAACGCGACGUCACCUUCAUCUCCGGCGAUUGGCCGGGGGAGGCUGCGGCAGCCAACGGGCGCCUCGCUCGGGGCGCGGCUCUUCAAAGCUUUCCUCCGCGGCGGCUGUCAGCCGGGUCCUUCCGGGGCCUGGCACGCCGUUCCUGGACGGCUGCCCUGCUCCCCAGCUUUUCCUCCCUCUAGAGUGCUGGUCGGAAGGAGCUGCCCGAGAGAAUGGAGGGCACAGGGUCAGGAACGAGGUCAGAGACUCCCUUGGGUUGGGACUACACGGAAGGGAUUAGGAGCCCGGGUCCGGGUCAAGGAGGUUUGGUCGCAGGGGGGACCCAGUAGCUGACGUACAACGCUUGAAAAUGUGAAAUUCUGAUCAGGCCGAGCAUGCUGUACGGAAGAAGCGGCGUUGCUUUUGUAACCACUGAACUGUGGAUUUGUCUCCCCUUUAUGUGUGAGCUCCUCGGGGACAGGCAGCUGUCUUUCUCAUCGGCCCCGAGCAAGGAAUCAAUAAAUGCCUGUAGAACGAAUAAAUGACUAGGUGAGGUCCAGUUGAAAUUAUUGUUAUAUAGGUCCCUGGAAAACCAGUACCACUGGUCUUUUUUAAAUCCACUCUAAGUACUGGAUUUAAUAAACCAAUACUUCCCUUGUGCCUAUCGUGAUAUGUGCCAGUACUUAAACCCGUUUUUCCAUCUGUUCCACGCAGACGGGGUGGCGGCCGGCAGAGGGCGCCGCCCGAGCAUGGCCGAGGAGCGCCGAGGAUCCUGGUUCGGCUUCGGUUUCUGCGGCUUCGGGCAGGCGCUGGGCUCGGGGCGCGGGCGCCAGGUGCACGGCCCCGAGCCGCUGCGGACCCCGGGCGAGGGCGCGGACGUCUGCCGCGUGAGCGCGAGCUGGAGCUACACCGCCUUCGUGACCCGUGAGCGUCCCCCCCCCCCAGCGCCCCCCCAUCCGGUCACGACCCCGGGUGAGUGGCCUACCCGCUCCCCAGCCCCCUCUUCCGUCCCCACAGGUGGAGGCCGGCUGGAGCUGUCGGGCUCCGCGGGCUGCGCGGCGGGCGGCUGCAGGGACGCGUGGGCCUCGGAGGCGCUCCUCGUGGUGCUGCGCGCCGGGCCGGGACGCGGGUCCGGGACGGAGCUGCAGGCCUGGGCGCCGGGUUCGGCGCUGAGCGGAGAGCCCCUGUGGGCCCACACCGUGGGGCCGGAGGCCGAGGGGGAAGACGCACCGGGCGGUGAGCCCCAGGCCGGGGCCCUGCCCCUGUUGCCCGGCGCGCGGGCCUACGUGAGUCCGCGGCCGCCCUUCUACAGCCCUCUGGCCCCCGAGCUGCGGGCGCGCCGGCUGGAGCUGGGCGCCGAGCACGCGUUGCUGCUGGACGAGGCGGGCCAGGUGUUCUCCUGGGGCCAGGGCCGGCAUGGACAGCUGGGCCACGGGACUCUGGAGGCCGAGCUGGAGCCGAGGCCGCUGGAGGCGCUGCAGGGCGUACCCAUGGCUGAGGUGGCUGCAGGGGGCUGGCACUCCGUGUGUGUGAGUGAGACUGGCGAUAUUUAUAUCUGGGGCUGGAACGAAUCCGGGCAGCUGGCCCUGCCCAGCAGGAGCCUGGCAGAGGUUGGCAAGACCGCUGCAGGGGAAGCCAGUGGACCGAAGGAAGACGGUUCUGACGUGAGGACAGCCGAGGGUGAGAGUGGAGGCCUGGCCCCCUUCAUAGCCAUCCAGCCCUUCCCCGCUUUACUGGAUCUCCCCCCGGGCACAGAUGCAGUCAAGGCCAGCUGUGGAUCCCGGCACACAGCAGUGGUGACCAGAACGGGGGAGCUCUACACCUGGGGCUGGGGUAAAUACGGACAGCUUGGUCACAAGGACACGAGCAGCUUGGAUCGGCCCCGCCGAGUGGAGUAUUUUGUAGACAAGCAGCUCCAGGUAAGGGCUGUGAGCUGUGGGCCCUGGAACACCUACGUGUAUGCUGUGGAGAAAGCGGAGGGCUGACGGCUCCAGAUAAGGGCAUAAGAGAAACGUACAGUAAAUUCUACAGUUAACAUCUGUGAGACUCCCACCCCCGGCAAGGAAGUCAGCAGCCCAGAUGCCCGCACCCGCCCCUCCCGCCUCACCUUAGGGCCGCGCCUUCCACUUUGUCCUCAUGUUAGAAACACCUGGGAGCUUUGGAAGCGAAGCCCAAGGCCAGCACUGCAGACGCUGUGGGAUCAGACCCUCCACGUGGGGAGCCUAGGCUGGGGUAGAUUUUAAAGCUCCCCCACCUGGCCCAAGGUGACUGAAGUUAGGGUGGAGAUUGGGUACCACUGGGGGUCAUCUUUUGUUACUCCCUCCCCUAUUCUCUCUUAGAAUUGUGUCACCCUUGCGCGUGUCCUUAUAGUUUGUCUGCUUUUGAACUUUAUGUAAAUGGAACCAUUCUGCGUAUGUUCCUUUGUGUUUUGUUUUUUCAUUGAACGCGGUAUGAUCCAUCCAUGUGGUGUCCUGUGUGCGGUUCGUUCAUUUUUGUUAUGCGGGUUUCAUCAUGUGAAGCCAACACAGGGCUUGAACAAACCUUGAGAUCGUGACCUGAGCCAAAAUCAAGAGUCAGACACUUAACUGAGCCACCCAGGUGCCCCAAAACUUUUUACCUAUUGAACAAUGAGUCCCUCCUCUCCCCUGGAAACUACCAUUAUACCUUCUGUCUUUCUGAUUCCGACUAGUCUAAGUACCUCAUAUAAAUGGGAUCUUCUAUAUUUUUUUUGUCACUAGCUUCUAUUACUUAGUAUAAUGUCUCAAGGUUCAUCCAUGUUAUAGCAUAUUGCAGGAUCUCCUUUUUAGGCCAGAAGAGUAUUCUAUCUCACGUACAUACCACAUUUUGUUUAUCCACUCCUCAGUUGAUGGUCGCAGGGUUGCUUCUGUGUUUCAGCUGUUCUGGAUAAUGCUGCUAUGAACAUAGGUGUACAAAUAGUUCUUUGGGGCUCUGUUUCCGAUUCUUUUGGGUGAAUACUCAGAAGUGGAAUUUCUGGGUCAUAUGGUAAUUCUUUUUAAUUUUUUGAUGAGCCUACAUACUGCUUCCCACAGAGGCUAUACCAUUUCUUUAACUUUUUUUUAAGAUUUUAUAUAUUUUAAUAUUUAUUAUUUUGAAAGAGAACAAGCUGGAGAGGGGCAGAGAGAGAGAGAGAGGGAGAGAGAGAAUCCCAAGUAGGCUCCAUGCUGUCAGUGCAGAGCCAGACCCGGGGCUUGAACGCAGGAACUGUGAGAUCAUGACUUGAGCUGAAACCAAGAGUCGGAUGCUUAGCCACCCAGGUGCCCUUAAGAUUUUAUAUAUUAAAAAAAAUUUUUAAUGUUUAUUUUUGAGAGAGAGCAUGAAUGGGGGAGGGGCAAGGAUAGGGGGACAGAGGAUUGAAGCAGGCUCUGUGCUGACAGUAGCAAGCCCCAAGUGGGACUUGAACUCAUGAACCAUGAGAUCAUGACCUGAGCCGAAGUCAGACCCUCAACUGACUGAGCCGCCCAAGUGCCCCAAGAUUUUAUAUAUUUUUUAGGGUAAUCUCCACUCCCAACGUGGGGCUUGAGCUCACAAUCUUGAGAUCAAGUGUCGCGCCCUCUGCUGAGUGAGUGAGCCAGGAGCCCGUAUCAUUUUUAGUUCCUGCAGCAGUGCACGAGCUUCCAUUUUUCCACCUCCUUGCCCGACACUUGUUUUCUGUUGUCCUUGAUGAUCACCAUCCUAAUAAUGGUGUAAGGUGCGAUCUCCUUGUGAUACUGAUUUGCAUUUCCCUAAUGAUUAGCGAUGCGGAGCAUCUCAUGUGCUUAUUGGCCAUUCAUGUAUCUUUGGAAAAAGGUCUAUUCAAGUCCUUUGGACAUUUUGAAUUGCACUAUUUGAUUUUUGUUGAGUUUUAGGAGUUCCCUAUGUAUUGUGGAUAUUAAUUCCCCAUCAGAUAUGUGAUUUGGAAAUAUUUUCUCCUGAGGGUUGUUGUUUUACUCUUGUGCAUAGGGUCUGGUGAUGGAAAAAAAAAAAAAAAAAGUUUUAAUUUUCAUGAAGUCCGACUUGUUUUCCUUUUGUUGCCUGUGCCUUUGGUGUCCUAUUAAAGAAAUCAUCGCCAAAUCCAAUGUCCUGAAGCUUUUUUCCUGUGUUUUCUUCCAAGAGUUUUAUUGUUUUAGGAGCUGCAUUUAGGUCCUUUCUUCAUGUUGAGUUAAUUUACAGGCCUGGUAUUAGGUAAGGAUCCAACUUCGUUCUUUUGCAUGUGAUUGUCCAGUUUUCCCGGCACCAUUUGUUGAAAAGACUGUUCUUUUCCUAUGGGCUGGUCUUGGCACCCUUGUCAAAAAUCACUUGCAAGGGUUCACUUCUGGGCUCUCUGUUCUGUUCCAUCGAUCUCUGUAUCUGUCUUUAUGCCAGGGCCACACCGUUGUGAUGGCUGUAGCUUUGUGUAGUAGCUUUUGAAAUCAGGAAGUAUGUCCUCCACUUUUGUUUUUCUAUUUCAAGAAUGUUUUGGGGGUGGGGUGCCGGGGUGGCUCAGUCGGGUAAGCAUCUGAGGAUUCUUGAUUUCAGCUCAGGUCAUGACCUCGUGGUUUGUGGGUUUGAGUCCUGCUUUGGGCUCUGCACUGACAGCAUGGAGCCUAUUUGGGAUUCAUAUUUUCUCUCUCGCUCGCUCUCAAAAUAAAUUUUUAAAAAGGCGGGGAGAGUGCCUGGGUGGCUCAGUCAGUGAAACGUCUGACACUUGGUUUCAGCUCAGAUCGUGAUCUCAUGGGCUAUUUGCUGACAGUGCGGAGCCUGUGUGGGAUUUUGUCUCUCCUCUCUCUCUGUCCCUCCCUUGCUUGUGCCCCCCUCUCCCAAAAUAAACUUUGAAAUGUUUGGGGAGCACCUGGGUGGCUCAGUUGGUUGAGCAUCCAACUCUUGAUUUUGGCUCAGGUUAUGGUCCCAGGGUCAUGGGAUGGAGCUCUGGGUCAGGCUCUUAAAAAAGGAGGAGGAAAAAAGAAUUUUUUGACUAUUCAGGGUCCCUUCAGGAAUGCAUGUGAAUAUUAGGAUGGGUUUUUUUGUUUUUUUGUUUUUUUUUUGUCUUUUAAAGUUUAUUGGGGCCCCUGGGUGGCUCAGUCAGUUAAGCAUCUGACUUCGGCCCAGGUCAUGAUCUCAUGGUCCAUGAGUUUGAGCCCCGUGUCAGGCUCUGUGCUGACAGCUCAGAGCCUGGAGCCUGCUUCGGAUUCUGUGUCUCCCUCUCUCUCUACCCCUCCCCUGUUCAUGCUCUGUCUCUGUCUCAAAAGUAAAUAAAUGUUAAAAAAUAAAAUAAAGCUUAUGUAUUUAUUUUGAGAGACAGAGUGCAUGCGUAUGCACAAGCAGGGGAGGGACUGAGAGAAAGAGAAUCCCAAGCGGGCUCCACACUGUCAGCACAGAGCCAGAUGCAGGACUUGAACUCAUGAACUGUCAGAUCAUGAUCUGAGCUGCAAUGCAGAGUCGGUUGCUCAACUGAGCCACCCAGGCACCUUGGGUUUUCCUAUUUCUGCAAAAAUGUCACUGGGAUUUUGAUAGGGAUUGUAUUGAAUCUGUAGAUCACUUUUGGUAGUGUUGACAUGUUUGCGAUAUUAAAUCUUUCCAUGAA